CCAAGAUCAUCACCAUCUUCACCACCACCACAACGACCAACAUGUCCCCACCAACCGCCGCCAACUCCUCAGGCUUCGCAUUCAAGGGUCCUUCUGCCCCACCAGCCUCCUUCCCAACUGCCUCCCAGCUGCGAAUCGGCAUUGUCCACGCUCGAUGGAAUGCAGAAUGUAUCGGACCGCUAGUACAGGGAGCUGUAGGCGCUAUGAAGAAGGCAGGGGUAAAGGAGGAGAACAUUGUCGUAGAGAGCGUGCCGGGUAGUUGGGAAUUGCCGAUGGGCGUUUCGAGGCUCAUCUCAGCAGGCCAAGUCCAAGCCUCCUCAAACGUCUCAGACCUAAUGGGUGCCUCCUCCCUCCUCGAAGGCUCCCUCGACUCUCCCUCAACAUCCUCCUCUGCCUCUUCGAAACCCUUCGACGCCCUCAUCGGUAUCGGUGUCCUAAUCAAAGGUUCCACCAUGCACUUUGAAUACAUUUCAGAGUGUGCCUGUCAAGGACUCAUGCGGGUCGGGCUGGAUGCAAAUGUUCCCGUCAUUCUAGGAAUCUUGACUUGUUUGACGGAAGAACAGGCAUUGCAGAGGAGUGGAAUUGGAGAGGGAGCACAUAACCAUGGAGAGGAUUGGGGAACAGCCGCGGUAGAGAUGGCUGAAAAGUCAAAUCGAUGGGCUCAGGGAAAAGUAUCCUCGGGUGGAGCAAAGAGUAUCCUCUCGUAAAGCCAACGUGGAGGGAGGGGAGAGACGCAUAGCUGCACACACACACACGCUCUCUCUCUCUCUCUCU